AUGCCUCGAUCCAAGCGCAAGGCCUCAAAAAAGGAUGGCAACGACGAGUACCGCCCGUCGAGCCAAAGGUCGCCCCCGUCUGCACGCAAGGGCCGGGCUGGGGAGACUGAAUCGUCUGAGCCCGUGCCUGAAAAGACUUUGCCUCGCUUGAAACUCGUUUUUUCAGGAAAAUCUGGAAAUGCUGCUCCUGGAGAUACCCCGGUCACUCCGGAUCCUCAAAAUCCUGCCCCCGCCACACAGUCUGCUUCAAAUGCAGCUUCUGUGCAGCCGACAGCGCCAGCUGAGGCUCGGCCUACUCUCGAGAGCCUGCUGCAGCAGGCUGCGAAACCGGAUGCCGUCAUUGAUUACCUUGCCAAGAAGGGCUACAGCCGGACCGAAGCCAUGCUUCGUAUGGAGUCUGCCAACCAGGAGAUCGAUGGACGUCCGCUUCCACCUCUCGGAGAAGAUGCGCGCCCGAAGUUCAGAAAGGGCUUCGAGCUGCUCAAGGCGUGGGUCGAGGAGAAUCUGGACUUGUACAAGCCGGAACUUCGUCGUGUACUGUGGCCACUAUUUGUGUACUCGUUCAUGAACAUGAUCACGUCGUUUUACCCCCAAGAUGCCAAGCAGUUCUUCGAUGCCAACAAGAACAUGUUCCUUCCCGAGCACACGGACGACGUUCGUAAGCUUGAGCCCAUCAGCCUCCCGGAACAUGUGCAGGCCAACGAUACCGCUAAGCUCUAUCGAACCAACAAGUACCGCAUCGUUCUCAGCAACCCGGCCUACACUAAUCUCCUUCAAUUCCUGGAAAGCAAGGAGAAGGAGGGUGGCUCCGUCAUGAACGCCAUCUUGAGCAGCUACUGCACUAUCAAGACCAUGGACCGUGCUUCUGAUGAUCGGUUCAGCUUUGCUGCCAUGCUUGGCCAAAUUGGAGCGGGUCAGACAUUCCCCUCCGAGGAUGAGGGUAUUCCCGGUCACCAUCCCGGCUCGGCAUACACUGGAGAUAAUCCAGCCAUGGCGGGAACCCUGCCAAGACUUCGCCUCGGAAAGCUGCCAAUGGAGCAGGACCUGGAAGAGGAUGUCCGUGCUGAACUGGCUGAGGAAGAUGCCAGAGAAGCCCCUGUACCUGGCCGUAACACACUCGUACAAGAGUUUGAGCAGAUGAUCAAGAAGGAAGAGGACGAGGAGGCGCCUACUCGUGCGGAUAUUCCAUUCCCUGCCUCUACUGCUCGUGAGGUCGCGAUUGAAUGCAUGAAGGUUCGGGAGCACAGGGAUCGGUUCAAGAUUGAAGGUCGCACUGGCGGUGUGGGUCCAGGAGUCAGCGUGUGCAUGUUUACCUUCCACAACACCUUUGAUGGUAUCAACUGCCUGGACUUUUCCGAUGACAACAUGCUUGUCGCUGCAGGAUUUGCCCAGUCUUACAUCCGCGUGUGGAGCCUUGACGGGAAGAAUAUCGAAGCAGCCUACCCGGAUUUAGAUGACCUUCCCCCAGCCAACUCUCGGCGCCUGAUCGGCCAUGCUGGUCCAGUCUAUGCUGUUGCCUUCCCACCUUGCGCAACCAAGGCUGAAAAUGUCUCUGCAGAUGACUAUGUUCCGACCAAUUCUCGGUUCCUACUCUCCUCGUCGGCGGACAAGACAAUCCGCCUGUGGUCUCUUGACACCUGGCAGUGCCUGGUCGUUUACAAGGGCCAUGACCGUCCCGUCUGGGACUUGCGAUGGGGACCAUUUGGACACUACUUCGUCUCUGGUGGCUCUGACCGCACUGCUCGACUAUGGGCCACUGAUCACAUCCGCCAGCUACGCAUCUUCGCUGGACAUGAUCAAGAUGUGGACUGUGUCUGCUUCCACCCCAACUCUGCCUACGUUUUCUCGGCCAGCUCCGACAAGACUGUUCGAAUGUGGGCUAUCACCACCGGAAAUGCGGUCCGUAUGUUUACUGGCCACACUGGCAACGUGACUGCUAUGGAGUGCAGUCGUGAUGGCAAGCUCCUGGCAUCUGCAGACGAUGCUGGCUCCAUCUUCCUGUGGGAUCUCGCACCGGGCCGCUUGUUGAAGCGCAUGCGUGGUCACGGAAAGGGCGGUAUCUGGUCACUCAGCUGGAGUGUCGAAUCGACAGUCCUCGUAUCUGGUGGUGCCGAUGGUACUGUCCGCAUCUGGGAUGUCAGCAGUUCCCAAGAUGCCACCCAGGGACGUGUGAUCGGCGAAGGCGGUGCCGGUACCAAGCUUGAUGCCAGCAAUGCUCCCGCAAGCGCUACGGCCUCUAACAAAAAGAAGAAGGGUAAGGAUGUGGUUGUCACCCCCGACCAGAUCAGCGCUUUCCCGACUAAGAAGAGUCCUGUUUACAAGGUCAAGUUCACCAAUAUGAACCUGGUCGUUGCGGGCGGUGCCUAUCUUCCUUAG